UAAUACCUCGUGUGUACUGAAUCCAUGCAGGAAGAACAAAAAAAUGUGUUAUUAUCAAGUUAUAAAGUAAACAAAGAAAAUGUCAAUAAAUCUUAAGAAGUGGGUCGAAAUGAAGUAAUACAUUUGUAAAUCUAUAUUGGGAACUUGAAAAUGCAACAUAUCAAAUGUGUUGUAGUCGGUGACGGAAAUGUUGGGAAAACGUGCUUAUUGAUGUGUUUUUCUACAAAUACCUUUAAUGAAGAUUAUGUUCCAACUAUAUUUGAUAAUUACAAAACUAAUAUAAUAGUGAAUGACAUUUACGUAGAGUUAGGAUUAUGGGACACGGCAGGGCAAGAAGAUUAUGAUAGAUUCCGUCCAUUAUCAUAUCCACUUACGGAUGUGUUUCUUGUAUGUUUUUCACUUGUUCAUCGACCAAGUUUCGAAAAUGUAAAUCAAAGAUGGAUUCCUGAAGUCAGACACCACUGUACAAGAACACCUAUUGUUUUAGUAGGCACAAAAGUGGACAUGCGAGAAGACGAAUGUCCAAGAAAAUCAAAACAUAUUGACAAAAAUAGCAACCUGGUGUCAUUCAGUGAAGGACAAUCUUUGGCUAAUAAAGUACAAGCCGUAAAAUAUUUAGAAUGUUCUGCAAAGACUCAGGAAGGACUGCAAUUGGUGUUUGAGGAAGCUGUUAAGGCUGUGUUAUUUCCAUCCACGCAUAAACCAAAACACAGACCAUGCAUUUUAUUGUGAAAAUUGCUCAGAAUAAUAUUUAUACUAUAUUAGUUUUAAUUGAAUACACCGUUUGGAAAUCCCAAUGCAAUUUCAUUCCUCGACUUAAUAUGUAAAACUAUUCUUUCUACUGAUUAUUUUGCAGCUGUUUGUUUUCACUAUCCGUAACUAUCAAUAAUCAAAGAUAAAUUUAUAUCGAGAUAA